AUGGCAAGCUUAGGCGCCAACUUCACAAGUCCAAGUUUCGCUGCACUCAACUCUGCAGCUAUAAGAGCAACACUAGAUUGGCAUAAAGACACUUCAAUGCCAAUCCUCCGGGACUUCUUGAGGCAGCAACCGCAAAAUCUUUUUGAAGUAGACGUGCAAGGUAACACAAUCGUUCACUUUCUGGCCAUGAGUGGCCGAGCAUCGGCCUUGAAGGAGCUGCUUCAAGAUGGCCUCUUGACAAGCCAGCAGCUCAUGCAACUGAAUCACAGAUGCGACACGGCCCUGCACGGAGCAGCGAGGUUUGGGCAGCGCAAUGCUGCAGAAAUAAUGUUGAAGGAGAACCCGAAUCUGGCCUUUGUGCGCAACAAUUUGGGAGAGACGCCUCUCUACGUCUCUGCUGCUUAUGGAAACAUGGACGUCUUCAAUAUUCUCAGGGUGCAUGGCGGAGACUUGAUCAGGAGGAACGAUGGCCGGACGAUCUUGCACGCAGCCGUUAAUGGACAACAUUACAGUCUUGCUUUGGAGUUAUUGGAAUUUUAUCCUAAUCUUGCAGCAGCACAUGAUGAGAAGGGAACCACUGCACUGAAUUUGUUGGCCACCAAACCCAAAUCCUUCAAAAGUGGAUCAUUGUAUUCUCUUAAGAAUCUUGGAAGCAGGCCCUUCGUUCCUCUCCAGUUCAUUCGCUGCAUGGCCUAUCUUUGCAUUCCAUCUGUCGCUAAAUGGCCAAAAACAACUGCUGAUUUGGAGGAUCAACGUCGUCAAAAUGGAGUUCUCAUCACCUUCCAACCAAAAAGUUUGUCCGCCACAAAAUUGAUGAUCUCAGGUUAUCAUUGGAUCAUCCGAGCUGUCUAUUGCCUUAGAGGAGUCGAUGAUAUAAAGCAACACCAUGCAUUUGCAAUACUACUGGCAAAAAAGUUGUUGACUCUACAAGAAGAUUGGAGCCAUUACACAUACGGCGAUUGUUCCCCUAAACUACGUAAACACCAGGCUCCAACAGAAGACCAACUUCACAUAAGCCAUGAAGGAUCCAUGAUUUUAGACUCGGCAAUAUUCAACACAAGAAUGAUGAAUAGAAUGCAAAACCCGCUAAUCCAAGCGGUGAAUCGCAGCAUCCAUGAGAUGGUAGAGGAAAUCCUUGGAAAGUUUCCAGAUGCUGCAUUCUUCAUUGAUAAGAAUGGGAAGAACAUACUGCACAUAGCGGUGGAAUGUAAAGAUAGGAAAAUGUAUGACUAUUUGAAGUCAAAAGUCCACAAGGAGGAGAUGUUGGCGGCCAUGGACAGCCAAGGAAACACCAUAUUGCAUCUUGCUACCAGAGAGGGAAGCAGUCCCAACAUUAUUCAUGGACACAUGAACCAGAUGGCGUGGGACAUAUGCUGGUUUAAGCGCAUCUGGUAUGAUGCUCCCCCUCAUUUCUUAUAUCAUCGGAAUGCUGAUGGGAAGACAGCAAGUGAAAUAUUUGAAGAAAACCACUCCAGCCUUCGUGAAAAAGCAGAGAAAACUCUGAAAGAUAUGAAUAGCGCGCUUAUGCUGGUCGCCACUCUUGUGGGCACUGUCAAUUACGCCACACUCUUCACCAUCCCCGGAGGUUUCGUAGACGAUCCCAACAGUGAAAACUUUGGCCGACCAUCACUUUUUAGCUCCCGAGAAGGCUGUGGCUGUGACCUGAGGUGGUUCUUAGGGUUCACCGGCUUGGCUCUCUUCUCCUCCUUGUUCUCCUUAGCAACCAUGCUUCUAAUUCAGUUGUCCCGGUUUUGCAGCAGUGACUUCUACUUGUCAUUGCCAUUCAGAUUUCUUGCUGCUCUAGUUGCGCUGUUUUUCUCUGCAGUGGCCACCAUUCUUGCCUGCGUCAAAGCCUAUAAAAUCAUAGAAUUAGAAGUUAAUCCUAAUCUUUUCAUGUGGCCUGCCAUUAGCAUCCUAACCCUUCUUGCCAUAGACAUAGUCUACCCAACCACUGAGUACAUGAUUUACGCUCUUCGUUGUGCAUUUUCGUUUAUCGGCAAGGAAAAUGUAUCCCCUCUUCUUUAA